AUGGCACGGGACAAGGGGGCCGAGGUGGAGGAGGCCCCACAGCAGGAUGAGACUCGUGUGUCCGACACAGCCGAGCAGAGCCCCGAGGGCGAAACCCGGGGUCCCUGCACACUGAGGACGGAGCACAGGGCGUCCACGUGCCAAAGCUGCGGGGGACCCCUGGGUGAAGAGGGCGUCUCAGGCGGACCCGCGGGGGCUCCUACCAGCAAGGUCCUGUCCUUGGCAGAGGACGUCCUGAGGCAGGACGAGGGGUCUCAGGAGGGCGGCCCAGAGGAGGCAGGGAACGACACCCUAGUAAGCGGCCCUGUCUCAGCGACCCCGUUUCCCGGCACGGGCCCCUGUAACGUGUCCUUCGAGGACAGCAGAGUGGUCCUGGUGGUGGCGUACAGCCUCGUGUGCCUGCUGGGCUUCCCAGCCAACUGCCUGACGGCGUGGCUGACGCUGCUGCAGGCGCGGCAGGGCAACGUGCUGGCGGUCUACCUGUUCUGCCUGGCGCUGUGCGAGCUGCUCUACAUCGGCACCCUGCCCCUCUGGGUCGUCUACAUCCGGAACCAGCACCACUGGACCCUGGGCCCGUGGGCCUGCAAGGUGACGGCCUACAUCUUCUUCUGCAACCUGUACGUCAGCAUCCUUUUCCUGUGCUGCGUCUCCUGCGACCGCUUCGCGGCGGUGGUGUAUGCCCUGGAGACCCGAGGCCGCCGCCACCAGAGGACCGCCUUCCUCAUCUCGGCGUCCGUCUUCCUCGUCGUCGGCCUCAUCCACUACCCGGUGUUUGAGAUGGAAGACGGGGACACCUGCUUCGAGACGCUGCCCACCAACACCAGGGUCGCCAGCUACUGCUAUUCCCGCUUCGCCGUGGGGUUCGCCGUCCCUCUCUCCGUCAUCGCGUUCACCAACCAGCGGAUCUUCAGGAGCAUCAAGCUGAGCACGGGCCUGAGCGCCACCCAGAAGGCCAAGGCGAAGCGCCUGGCCAUCGCGGUGGUGCUCAUCUUCCUGGUCUGCUUCGCGCCCUACCACCUGGUGCUCCUCGUCAAGGCCAUCGCCUUUUCCUACUACAAGGGAGACCCGGGCUCCAUGUGCGCCUUCGAAGCCAACCUGUACACGACCUCCGCGGUGUUCCUGUGCCUGUCCACGGCCAACGGCGUGGCCGACCCCAUCAUCUACGUGCUGGCCACGGGCCACUCGUGGCAAGAGGUGUCCAGGAUCCACAGGGAAUGGAGGAAGUGCUCCGCGAGGACAGAUGUUGUCAAGCUCACGUGUUCCAAGGACUCAGAGGAGGCGCCCCUGCCCACGACGCUCACUAACGGCCACACGAUCCCCAGGAUCGUCGAGCCCCCGGAGCCACAGCCGCGUGCAUGGGGCUCACCGUGCACCUUGGAGAGGCCGGGCGAAGAGUCCUGUUGA